AUGCCACCUUCCGCAUCACCGUCUUCGCACACCCACCGCUUCACGUCCACCCGCAUCACACGCCACCGUCUUCACCACCCACCUUCACACGUCCGCCGCAUUCACCGCGCCGUCAUUACGCACCGUCCGUCUUCUGCACCUGCCGCAUUCGCACGUCCACCCGCAUUCGCGUCCGCCGCAUUCACGUCCGCCCGCGACCGCACGCGCCCGUCUUCACGCCCCCCCACCCGCAUUCUCACGCCCGCCGCAUUCACGCGCCCGUCGCAUUCACCCGCCCGCAUUCGUGCGUCCACCCGCAUUCACACGCCACCGUCUUCACACCCACCCGCAUUCGUACGUCACCCACCUUCACACCACCACCUUCACACACGCGCCUCUUCACACACCACCCGCAUUCAUGCAUCCACCCACCUUCGCAUCCACCCGCAGUUCAUGCGUCUGCCGUGCUUCACCCACCCACCUUCACACGCAACCGUCUUCACACGCCACCCACCUGGCCAUCCCCGCAGCUGCACCACCACCUUCACACGCGCCGUUGUCUGCACCACGCUUUCAUCGUCCACACCUUCACACGUCCACCCGCAUCCACAAUCCAUCACCUUCACACACCCACCGCAUCACCCACCCACCUUCACGUCUACCCCGUCUUCGCUCACCCACCCGCAUUCGCACCCACCCGCAGCUACGUACGUCACCGUCUUCACACACCCACCGCAGCGGCCACGUCCCCCACCCACGCCCGCCACCAUCACGCGCCGUCGUCACGCACCUCCCGCAACCGCACGUCCCCCGCAUUGCACGCCUCCGCAUUAUCCCCACCGCGUACGUCCACCCGCAUUCGCCCGCCAUCUUCACCGCAUCGCGUCCACCCGCAUCACGCCCACCCGCAUUCACGCGCGCCGUCUUCACCGCACCCACCCGCAUUCGUACAUCACCCUCUUCACGUCCACCGCAUUCGUGCGUCUGCCGUCUUCACACCCACCGCAUUCACGCAUGAUUCUUCACACCCACCGCAGCCGACGUCCCCCAUUUGCACGCCCGCCCGCAUUCGCACGCCCGCAUUCGCCGCCUGUUCUUGCCCGCCGCAUCCGCAUCAUCCGCAUUCGCACGCCCGCCGCAGCUUCACGUCCUUGCUCGCACGUCCGCCGCGACUUCGCACGAUCCGCCCGCGCCGCACCCGCCCGCAUUCGCACGUCCGUCACCUUCACGCCCACCCGCACUUCAUGCGCCACCCACCAUUUCCGCACAUCUGCCGUCUUCGCUCCACUGCCCGUCUUCGCACGCCCACCGCAGUUCAUGCCGUCCGCCGUCUUCCACGCCGCCGCAUUCGCACCCACAAUCACACACUCAUCACCUUCACGCGCACCCAUCGUCCCGAAACCACCCACCUUCGCCUCCACCACCUUCACGUCACCCACCUUCACACGUCACCCAUAUUCACGCGCCGUCUUCACAAGCCCGCCUGCUUCCACGUCCACCGCACCACGCCAACCGUCUUCACGCCCCACCUUCACGUCACCCACCUUCACACCCUUCACGUCUGCCCGUCUUCACGUCUACCCACCUUCACACCCACCCAUCUUCCGCACCCACCCACCUUCACACGCGCCGUCUUCACGCCACCCGCAGCUUCACGCACCCGCAACCGCACCCACCACCUUUACACCCGCCCACCUUCACACGUCACCCAUCUCCGCAGCCGCCAUUCACGUCCACCCGUCUUCACACACCCGCCACCUUCACGUCCGCCCCACCAUCACACGCCCACCCGUCUUCACACCCACCCAUUCACAUCCACCCACCCGCCACACACGCGCCGUCUUCACACGCCGUCCGUCUUCACGCACCGCUUACCUUCACGUCCUGCCACCUUCACGUCUGCCACCUUCACACGUCCACCACCUUCACACGCAUCUUCACACCCCCACCCGAGCCCACAUGCCCACCCACCUUCACCGUCCACCUUCACACCCCGCACUUCGCACGUCCACCCACCUUCACGCCAUCUUCACACGCACACCACGCUUCGUACGUCACCCACCUUCACCGCCCACCCACCUUCACGCGCCGUCUUCACCCACCCGCCUUCAUACGUCACCCUUCACGUCCACCCGCAUUCAUCUGCCCAUCUUCACGCCCACCCACCUUCACCGCAACCAUCUUCACCACACCCGCCCACCUUGA